AUGAUGAUAAUAAUAUACAAGAUCAAGCUACUGAACCGACCACGCCAAAAUUUUUUCUUUCAACCCAACAAACGUCUGUUAAAAAAAAAAAAACGAAAAAUAACUGAUCGUCAAGAUGAAUUUUUAAAAGUCUGCACCAAGGCUUUAACGACAAAUUAUAUCACCGAGUAUGAUGCUAUUGGUAUUAAUGUUGCAUCUAAACUCAAGAGGAUGAAACAAACGCAAUACAUUUACUCUGAAUCAUUAAUAAAUAAAGUAUUAACUCAGGGUUUAUUAGAGACUUUAACAUCAGAAUCUGAUAUCUGUGAAAAAUCAUCAUUCAGACAAACUCCCUGA